CUUCUCUCCCCGCUGUCUUGCCCGGUCACCAUACCAUCCCGUGCUCAGAAGAUGCUUUUGACACCUCUCAAGAUGGAUAUUUCGAGCUCCCUAGAGGUAAAGAAGAUCUGUUUCCCCGCAGCACGGCAAGAACCUUCUUCACCACCCACCUCGCCAGUUGGCCACAAUCCCCCGCUCCUUUUCCCCGAGCCUUGGAAGCUCGACUUGAGGUCUCCUGGAGUCUUUGAAAGUCCCGCUUCAGGUAAGGACUUGUGUGAGUCAAGGUUGCAUAUUCCAUUCCCAAGAGGAUAGACUUCACCUGGAUGACAAAACCCUCGUGGUGGCAAUCUACACCCUUUGCAGACGAGCAACUGCGCCGUCAUUGGAAUCUAUCAACAUGAAGACUAUCGCCGUGGGCCACAGAAUGCCAACCAACGUGGAAGUUUGAAUAGACUUUUGUCUGUCGCCGGCGCCAGUCAGCCUUGGGCAGCCUUGCGGCCUCCAACACUCCAGGGCUACGCUUUCAGCCGUCUCUCCGACGGCAUUGCUCGACGCGACACCAUUGGCUCGCUUACACAGCCAAAGCUCCUCUGGAUUCUCUCCCUGAACGGGACGAUGUCGUCAAUAUCAGCCAAUCAAAGAGGCCGUUGGAGAUGUUGCUGACCAAUACAAUUCAUGAACAGCGACACUUACAACCAACCAAGAGAGCUGUUUCUCCCUGCCUUAUCAAAAACCCCAUCCCCGAAAAACCCCCUGCCGAUCCUUCGAUGGGCACGUACUUGUAACAUCUUUUCGUGAUAGGAAUAUAUAUAUUCUUUUCAACAACGCGGGUCAGAACCAAGGCAACUAUUCCUGCCGUUACCUCACUGCUCAACACCUCACCCAUCUCUUAUUCGUCGUCCUCAGCAGCACGCCCGCGGAGGUGGUCUUGGAGGGAAAAAACCCCGCAAAAAACCAGCUUUAACCGACCGGCAUCAAACACGGCAUCAUUUGUCAAGACCCCGCGUCCAGACCACUAACCAACAUCUAAAACAGAACAAUCAAAGCCAAAAAAAACAAUAACAGGGGAAUCAUGGGCUCUCUCCCCGUGUCGGCGCCGUCACGGCUCUUCGAGCCGCUCAAGGUCGGCAACAUGACGCUGCAGCACCGGCUGGUGAUGGCGCCGCUGACGCGCUUCCGGGCCGACGAGUCGCACGUGAUCCUCCCCGCGGCGACGACGUACUACAGCCAGCGGUCCUGCGUGCCGGGCACGCUGCUGAUCACCGAGGCGACCUUCAUCUCGCAGCGCGCGGGGGGUUACCCGAACGUGCCGGGGAUCUACACGGCGGAGCAGGUGGCGGCGUGGAAGCGCGUCACCGACGCCGUGCACGCCAAGGGCUGCUACGUGUACCUGCAGCUGUGGGCGCUGGGCCGCACGGCGAACCCGGCGUACGCGGCCAGCCAGGGCAUCGAGGUGGUCUCGUCGUCGCCCACGCCGGUGGGGCCCGACAGCCCCGUGCCGCGCGAGAUCCGCCGCGACGAGAUCCAGGGCUGGGUUGACGACUACGCGACGGCGGCGCGCAACGCGGUCGAGGGCGCCGGGUUCGACGGCGUCGAGAUCCACGCCGCCAACGGCUACCUAAUCGACCAGUUCACGCAGGACGUGUGCAACGUGCGCACCGACGAGUACGGCGGCAGCGUGGAGCGGCGGUCGCGCUUCGGCCUCGAGGUCGCCCGCGCCGUCGUCGCCGCCGUUGGCGCCCACCGCACCGGCAUCCGCCUCAGCCCCUUCAGCACCUUCCAGGGCAUGAAGAUGCGCGACCCCCUGCCGCAGUUCACCCACUUCAUGCGCGGGCUCAAGGAGCUCAACCUCGCCUACAUGCACCUCGUCGAGUCGCGCAUCUCGGGCAACGCCGACGUCGAGGCCACCGAGAAGAUCGACCCCCUCAUCGACGUCUGGGACAACACCUCCCCCGUGCUGAUCGCAGGCGGCUUCCGCCCGGCAAGCGCCCGCCGCGCCGUCGACGAGGAAUACAAGGAUCGGGACAUUGCCAUUGUCUUCGGACGCUAUUACAUCUCCACGCCCGAUUUGGCCUUCAGAAUUGCAAACAACAUUGACUUGAGCCCGUACAAUCGAGACACCUUCUACACCCCCAAGUCUGAAGUGGGCUACAUCGAUUACCCCUUCAGCAAGGAGUUUGAACAAGCAGAUACCAAGCUCUAGGGGGCACCCUUGUACAUAGAUGAUAAAGCAUAGAGGUUAGAUGACUCCCAUUGGGAGGUGCAUUAAGAAUAUGCAUUCGCCAAUGCUAAACUUAUGUCUUCGCAUGGGUCGACCAUCUUACUGAUCCCGCUUCUUCUUAUGGCCACACUGUCCACCAGGCAGAGAAAUACGCAGCAUGCACAAACGGAAUAG